ACCACACACACACACACAAUAACUCUCCCAGAUAUUGUCUACUCGUCAACCGGUAUAGAAAGUCUCAGUUGCGGCUACACUAGUACCCGAAACGGCCACGCAUAUCCUACACUCUGUUGUAGAGACGUGUCCGCACUACGCAAGCAAGGCUACACCCACGCAUAUGACACCUCCUCUUUCCCAACAAGAAGCGACAACUUCUCCCAUCUCCUUCACCCAACAGCUCUGACUCCACACCCGUACUCUACCAGCACACUGCCUAUUGUCAAUCACAUGUACUAAUUCUCUCCAGGUAACCCUACACUAUGAUGAUGAAAUCCUGCCACCUGGUGUUAAUGGUGCUGCCGUUCCUCUCCUGCUACGGUGAGGGUAUGCUGGCCGAGGAACAGCUACCCUGCAUCCCUAGAGUGUUUGACAGCACCUCCUUCGUGUGCGUGUGCAACGUCUCCUACUGCGACACCCUGCCCUCCCCAACUCUUCCAGCUUCAGGAGAGUACUUGGUUUACACCUCCGAUCUCGCCUCUCGCAGAUUCUUCCAGACCAAGAGCACCUUAACCGUGUCCCUUGAUGGUGUGCUGGGGGAGGCGGAAGUGGAGUAUGUGCUGGAUUCAACGACUACCUAUCAGAAGGUGAUGGGGUGGGGAGGUGCCUUCACCGACGCCGCAGCUUCCACCAUUCUCAGCCUUUCUCAACCCGCUCAGGAUCAUCUCCUUGGCUCGUACUUCUCUUCCUCGGGCAUCGAAUACAACCUCGGGAGGGUCAACAUGGGUGGCUGCGACUUCUCGUGGAGAACCUACACUUACUGCGACACCCCAGGAGAUGUGAGCCUCGAAACCUUUGCCCUCCAGCCCGAGGACAUCGAAUUUAAGAUCCCAAUAAUCAAACGAGCUGAGGCGAUGGUAGACGAGCCGCUGAAGCUGUUUGCCUCCCCCUGGACGGCGCCUCCCUGGAUGAAGACCAAUAAUGACUAUGUGGGCUACGGCCAGCUGCUACCAGAGAUGUACCAGCCCUGGGCCAACUACUUCGUCAAGUUCCUGGACAGUUACGGGAAAGAAGGUGUCAACUUCUGGGGUUUGACGGCACAGAACGAGCCCCUUGACGGCUAUCUUCCGGGAUUUGGCUUCAACUGCAUGGGGUGGACAGCAGAACAACAACGGCUGUGGGUUGCUGAGAAUCUCGGACCUACUCUCCAAGCUCAUGGCUACGACGAAGUCAUCUUAAUGAUUCUCGACGAUCAGCGAUUCGAACUGCCGAGGUGGGCUAAGAAGGUACUGAACGACACGACGGCGGCUCAGUACGUGGACGGCAUCGCUAUUCACUGGUACGGCGACAACUUCUCCCCGGCGAGCCUGCUGGAGGAAACCCAUGACCUGUUCCCCGACUUCUUCAUCCUGGGCACCGAGGCUUGUGAAGGAGAUGGACUGCUGGACGCCUCCGUAGUUCUCGGGUCCUGGGAAAGGUUGGAGCACUACGCCCACGAUAUACUUAUUGACAUGAACCACUGGGUCACGGGCUGGGUAGACUGGAAUCUGGCGCUGAACAUGGGAGGCGGACCAAACUGGGCCAAUAAUUUUGUCGACUCGCCCAUUAUCGUCAACCAGGAAAUGGACGAGUUCUACAAGAACCCGAUGUUCUACGCCCUGGGUCACUUUUCCAAGUUCAUCAAGGAGGGUGCGGUGAGGGUAAGCUUGACCUCUCCUGACUCGCAGAAGCUGGACGCUGCCGCCUUCACCAACCCUGAUGGCUCUCAUGUCGUGGUCAUCCUCAACAGGUCGAACGGUGAGAAGAAGGUCGCGGUGAGGAUUGAUGACAGAGGCACUAUGUCCCUCACAGUGGGGCCUCGUUCCCUCCACACCGCCGUCUUCCAGUGAAAAUGGUGGCACAGGUGGUGGUGAAGGUGGUGGUACAGUCUGGUGGUGAGGGUGGAGGUACAGUUUGGUGGUGAAGGUGGAGGAACAUGUAGUGGUGAGGGUGGAGGUACAGUCUGGUGGUGAAGAUAGAAAUAGAGAUGGAAGAGAUAUUUACCAUAGAAACGAGCCGGGUUGAGGUAAAACAUUGUUAUUUAUUGAAGACUAUUAACGGUUAGAAAUUAUAAAGUGUGAAGGAAGACUAAGGUAAGGUGUUGUGUGUAGAAGCAACCAGAUAGAUUUCCUGAGAUGUAUAAGGCUUUGUUGUGUAGCAUCCCUUGUCUUAUGCUACACUUGACCAAAUUCAUUUGGUCCAUGUACACCCUUCUAACUAACGAAUGACAUUGAGAAAAAUAAAAUAAAAUAAUAAAUAAAUUAGCAUACACGUCGAAAAUAUAAUUGUAAGUCCAUAUAUUAUUACUGAACCGAUAUAAGUAUUUUCAUUUUUAUCAAACAGACAUUAUAAAAAGAUUUAGAUAAAAACAUCUGCCUGAGAAACGUUUGCAGUACAUUUAUAAAAUUCACAUUCAAUUCUUUAAGAAAAUUGUAAAUAACACCAUAUGAAGUUAACAACGUUGCCUAAGUAAUAAAGUAUGUAGAGCAAGAGUAGA